UUAGUAAGAAGAUUUCGGUGAAAGAACAAGUUCGUUUCGAGAGAGCUUUUCCCGAUAUGUUGAAGACUUCGCACGGGAAAAUAUUUUUAAAGUUCGAAAAAAAGUAUUUAGUGGCCUAAAUAUGUUUUAGUUUUAUCAAAAUGGUUAUACUCGAAGUUUGAUACUCGCAUUACUUUAAUCGACCUUUCGAUAAAAGAGUUUACAAAAUAAAAAUAAAAAUAUAAAAAUACAAUUUACAUAUGUAUUUGUAUAUAUUUAGAUGGAUAAAAUUCAAGUCACGUGAAUCCCGCGCUAUAUUCGUUUGUGUUGAACUCCACUAUUUUUGAAUCAGAAACUUAAAAUAGAUUAAACAAAUUCCAAAUGCUUGCCUACUUAGCGUAAAUAAACAUCGGGCAAAGAAAGUGAAAACAAAAGCACAAAUAUAUGCAGAUAACUUCGAAAGUAACCAACUCUAGAUACGACCCAGACUGCUGCCAACAUGCAUUUACAGGAUUAUCUGAGAAACGACGAAAAUGCGUCUGCGCCAGACGAUGGAAAUCAAAAUAAUACCUGUCGGCCUUCCUCCAAUCAGGAGCAGUUCAUAAGCCUUAACCGGAGUUGCCAGAAGAAUCUGCUGAGACUCCAUCCACCGCCGCCUUCAAAACCACCGCCGCUCGCGGGUGUUUUGCAAUCCCGCCUGCUGCAACACAUAAACACGGGCGCGGAUGCAGUGGCCACAGAUGCUUUAGAAGUGCACCGUAGAGGAGCCAAUGCGCUUCAGCGGUCGGCCACUUUGCCAGCGAAAAACAGCCGCUUAGGGGUUCGCAGCCGAGUGACUUUUAAAGUCCCACCGUCCGCCACUCCUGCUCCUGCUCCUGCUCCUGCUCCUGAUCGUGAUCCUGAUCCAAUCCAAGCACAGGUUGCUGCCGGCGAAAAAGCUAGAACCGUGAUAGCUCCUAAGGAGAAGGAAUCUAGCAAAAUGACAUCUGAAGACUUGUUGCAACCGGGCCAUGUUGUAAAAGAGCGUUGGAAGGUGGUGCGUAAAAUCGGUGGCGGCGGCUUCGGAGAGAUUUACGAGGGACAAGACCUGAUUACACGUGAACAGGUCGCACUCAAGGUAGAAUCCGCCCGCCAACCCAAGCAGGUGCUUAAAAUGGAAGUGGCCGUUUUGAAGAAACUGCAGGGGAAGGAGCACGUGUGUCGGUUCAUCGGAUGCGGGCGAAAUGAUCGCUUUAACUAUGUGGUGAUGCAGCUCCAAGGAAAGAAUUUAGCUGAGCUUCGUCGCGCUCAGCCACGUGGCGCAUUUUCGCUUAGUACAACACUUAGGUUAGGCUUACAAAUUCUCAAGGCCAUUGAAUCUAUACAUUCUGUGGGCUUUCUUCAUCGUGAUAUCAAACCGAGCAACUUUUCCGUGGGUCGUUUGCCUUAUAACUGUCGACGCGUCUACAUGCUGGACUUUGGAUUGGCGCGUCAGUACACCACUGGCACUGGCGAAGUGCGGUGUCCAAGAGCUGCAGCUGGUUUUCGCGGCACUGUCCGCUAUGCUUCUAUCAAUGCACAUCGCAAUAGGGAAAUGGGACGUCAUGACGAUCUGUGGUCGCUUUUCUAUAUGCUUGUUGAGUUUGUAAAUGGGCAGCUGCCGUGGCGGAAAAUAAAAGACAAGGAACAAGUGGGACUGACAAAGGAGAAAUAUGACCACAGAAUACUGUUGAAGCACUUGCCGUCGGAUUUAAAGCAAUUUCUAGAGCAUAUUCAAUCUCUUACCUAUGCAGACCGACCGGACUACGCGAUGCUUAUCGGCUUAUUCGAGCGGUGUAUGAAAAGACGAGGCGUCAAGGAAUCUGAUCCAUAUGACUGGGAAAAAGUAGACUCUGCGGCGAUUGGCAACAUAAGUACAACAACAGGCCACCCAUCAGUUCCCGUCAAAAACGAUUACAUGCACGGGAAUAUAACACAAAUGACUGUAGCAGCAUCUAACGCAAGCGGCACAGAAUACGUGCGAAAGCGGGCUGAUAUCGAAACCGCUCAUAUAACAGCGACCGAACCAUUAAAUAUGAAGGAGAAGGUCGAUAGAAACUGCAACGCAACCUCACUAGCCCCGCAAACAAAAGGAUCUGGCGAAGCCACCGUACCACACGGCAAUACGACAAAUAAUCAAAACAUUGCACCCAAAGGAUUCGUUCAACAGCAGUCUGCGUUAGCCACAAACUCACAAGUGGCACUACCAAAUAUUCAAAAUGCAACAAUCAAUUCACCAAUGGGUGCUAUAGGCAGCAAUGAUGCACAGGUAACAGUACCACAGUCAGCAGUUCACGCAAAGAACUCACAGCCCCAAAACGGCGCUGGAUCGUUUUCUACAACAAAUCAAAACAACUCUGCUCCGGUGUACGGAAAUUCGUAUCCACAAUUGGAAGACAAAGCACCUACGAAGUUUUUGCCAGCCAAACCAAAUACAGAGUGCGAAAGUAUAGGCGACGGAGUCGCCAAGAGUAUAUUUGACCAGAAAAACGGCGAUGCACUGCAAAUGAAAAAACUUAAUUCACCUGAGUUCGCCAAUAGUCAAAAUCAAACGCCAACGGCAGUGUCAGCCGAGAAGGGCUCUGAAGUCAAGCGUUCAUCGGAAGACCAAAAGUCCACUUUUGGGCGUCUUCGUGUGCUCACAGCCCCCCCAACAAGUGUGCAUGAUCUGACUGCGUCUGGGGGUCACAGCCAACAGGGGCCUGAGUUGUUAACAAAACAACAAACAACUGCUCAGUUUCCAACUACCACCAAGGCUGGAUCCGUCGCCGGAAACAGCUCGUCCUCAAAGUUUGCCAUCAAUCAGCAUGGUCAGAUUUUUGGAAUGGCUGUGAUGCCGCCAGUUAACCGCCGAUCGGCAACAUCAACCAACUUGCGGCCAUCUUCCUCUGGAGCAAACACCAGUUCAAUUCAAAGGAUCAACAGCGGAUCGACCGCUGGUGGAUGUUUUGGCACUGGAAGCAACACCGCCAGGAGCAGCGCUGCUGGGGAUCAUUCUGUUACCCAAUUUGCUUUGAUAGACGACGAAAACGUCUCAGCACUACAACAGGUAACCAAGGGCGGAGCCCUCACGCUGGCGUCCCAAUGGAAGAGUCAGUUCGAUGACUCAGAGGACACUACUGAUAACGAAUGGAACCGAGAGCCGCAGUCGCAACCCAAUUUGGAGCAACUGAUUAAACUGGAUCUUUCAUUGCCCCUAAAUGAAGCCAAACCAUUUUCAAAACAUGUUGCUGAAACCCCAAAUCUCCCAACUAAAGGAAAAGACAAACCGAAAAGGUACACACUUAACAUAACUGGAAUCGAGAACUAUGAAGCGUUGAGAAUCUCCAUACCGCACUGCUGGUCUGAGCCUGCAAUGGGUAAUGUAUUACGUAAAAACUUGGAACCACCGGCUGUGCAACAAGCCGCAUUUGAUGACACAGUAUAUCGCAUGGAUAUAGCGAGAAAUGUUUGCGUACGAGAAGCUUAUUCGGAAAUCACUCCUUUGGCCAAAGUUAAGCCUACCACUUCCUCAGUUUCCAGGAAUGUCCUACCUUCCCCUUUUAAAGAGGACACAGCAUUUCAGUUAAACACAUCAAUCGAUGACCGAACCAAGUCAAAACAUCGAAGCAGCCUUCCCAAUGUUUCAGUUGCCGAUAUUUUUGACGAUCAGCCGAUGCAGUCGAAAUCUGACGCUAUGCUGGUAGAAGACGCAAUUAAGCCCUGGCACGUACAGACAACGGCUUGUCAAAGAAGUAAUUUUGCUUUAAACGCAGCCACCCAGGAAAACAACGGUUGUAUUAGUGGGCGUCUGGAAAUUCGGGUUAUUCCAAAAGAAACCUCUCAUCUGGACGACUCUGUUUAUUAUGAUGCACUGGCAGCUGUUAAAAAUACUUCAACCACAAAUCAAACCCACGACCUUUCUGAUAAAGCCCUUAUUUACUGUGAUGAAUUAAAAGAAAAAGAUGCACUAAUAGCUUCCCCAACGAAUACAAUCAAUAAUUUUACGACACCAACCCACACGACCGAACCGCCUAUCGAAGCUAAUUUCUGCAGCGUACAUUCUGUUGGUGUCAAUAAACUGAAGUUGAAUGGAAAUAGUGAAACAUCCAACGCAAUAAAUGAUCAAGCAAAUAUCAAUGCAGGUGACUCCAAGGCUCCUUUGGCAGGAGACUGCACUGACUGCACUGGUUACAGGGAAACUGAGUCAGGAUGCGACCUUCCACUAUUAAAUCCUAGCAAAAUACCAGUGCGCCAAUCAAAAUGUGCAUCAUGGGCGGGUGCCGAUACUACAAUAAAUACAUCUAAAACAUUUGAGUCCGUAAAAGCCCCACUGGAAAUCCUUCACAAUCCACAAAUUGACACGCCAAAUUCCGUAAAGGAUAUUACACCUGUUCGCAACACAUACUCCAUUGCUUUAGAAUAUCCUCCUAAUAUAACGGAUCUUACACCAGGCUUACGUCGUCGAAGAGAAUCUACUGAAGGAAAAUAUGUGACAGACCCAACGCAAUUGCAAUUAAAAUUCCAAAGACCUCGAUCACGAACUUCAAGCAGGACCCGUGGCAUUCCCAAUACCAUGCUAGGACAUUUUGAUGACAACGGUACUCCUAUGACUAGACACGUUGGGGCCCAAUUUGUUCAAAACGCAGAAUCAAAUAAUAUACCAACGAGUGAAUAUCCUGCUGAGCCACAACCUAAAUGCAACAUUUCGCCACCACCGGGGGAUCCAAAAACUGAAAAUAGUGCUCGGCUUCGUCGUUAUAGGCAUAACUUAGAAUAAUCAAACAACUUCAGAUUUACAGCAAACUAAUUUGCGAUCCAGAACAGUGAAUCUAAAACUGUCUUAACGUAUACUUAUGUUUUUAAUGUAGCUGUUUGACAAACAAAAGAAUCCUCAUGAACAUCUUAGAAUUUUUUAAAUGUAAACCCAUUUGUAUACCCCUGUAGAGGGUAUAAUAGUUUCAGUCAAAAGUUUGCACGCAGUGAAGGAAACCUUUCCUACCCAAUAAAGUAUAUCAGCAUUACCAGGAUUCAAUCUAGCCAUGUCCGUCCGUUUUUACGCAAUAUAGGCCCUCAGUUUACGAGUUAUCUGUCUAAAACUUUCCCAAAAAUUGUAUUUUUUUAUGUAUCGGAUCGGUCCUCCAACAAGAACAAUCGGAAAAAUAAUGACAAAAAAUAUAACUUAGCUGAUUUCGAUUUUUUGUUUUAAUUCUCAAUUUCAAAUUUGAGAAUUCCAAUUUAUUUUUUUAAAUCGGACGUUUCACAAUUGUUACCCUUUUGUUAUUCAAAAAAGGAAAUUAUUAAAUAUAAACAAAACAGUAAAUGGUGUGAAUGUAUUAUAGUUUACGAACAAACGAAAAAUACAGAUAUUUUGGGAAAAUUUUAAAUUGAUAGACUAAAUGGAAUUUUUUACUUUAAGGUCCGUUUUCGCGACUUCAUUUUAUGAUUUUGAUGAGUUAGGCCGUAAGCAGAGUUUUUCAUUACACUUUAGUUCAAUCAGCUCUGGUGUUUGAGUUUUUUAAAUGUAGAAAAACUUUUAUUUCCUGAAAGUUCACAAGUUCCAUUUCUAUACAAUUAUCAAAGCAGGGGUGCUCAAAACUUUCCGUAUGGCAGUGCAUUUACCAACACAUCUAAAAAGAUCACGAACACCAGUAACGAAGUCAGUGAAGAGACGAGAAAAAGACAAAAACAAAUUACAUUCGAUUCAGCCAUUCAAAAGAGAAAUUGUUGUUGCCUUGCGUCGGUCUUAUCAGUAGCGAAUUGGACCGCAAGGAAGAAUCGAAAAAAGUGUGAGUGUAUUGCAAAAUGUGCCCAGCAAGCCCACAUAAUGUACCGGCCCCAUGUGCGUGUGCAUUUAGAAAAACAAUUGUGCUCAAUGUGCAUUGGCGUGAGCACUCCCAAAUCGAAUCAAAUCCUCACAUAAAAAGGGCAAAAAGGCUUUUAAAUUAUGAAAAGCUUACUAACAUUUUUCAAUUCUUCUAUUCUUAACGUAAACAGUCAUGCUUCACUUUUCCUUUGGUCCCAAAAUGGCUUUUGCAGGGCCAAUAUUUGCCAAAUUUGGUAUUUUUUUUAAUUUAAAAUAGUUUAUGUGAAUUUCUGUUUCUGAGAUUUAUCCAAUAAAUUAUCAGUAAUUUAUAAGUAUUUAUAGUUGGUUUUAAAUUUCAAAAUGAUUUUAAAAUAAUAUCAAAAUAUUGUUUGCAAGUAAAGUUAUCUUAAAGUAUAUCAAAACAAAACAAAUUCUGAGCCAUCAGCUUAAUGCUGGAACGCCUUUUCGGAAGUUAACGAACUUCACCGCAAAGAUUUCGUGUAGUUCUUUCAGAAACUAAACAAAUGAAAAUAGUAAUUUUCUUACACUUAAAAUAACGAUAGUACCAGAGCUAAUAUGGCAAAACCGAAAACAAUACAUAGAAAAUUGUGAUUUAUAAUAUUCAAAUGCUCUAUGGCCUGAUUAGAUUAUGAGUUCUUUUAUAAAACUCUAACGAUAGCCGAGAAAAUAAGUUUGUUUAAAACGUUAUUUCCUUAUUAUUAUCAAAAGCCACCAAACAUGCUAAAAGUUUAAAAAUACCUUUUUAGAUACUUAAAUAGCCAGCCUAGACCCAAAUAUACGAGUUUCCAAAUGCGGAGUGGCCAAAAAAACUAACGUUACGUAGGCAUCGCAAAAGUUCUCAGGUCCAGUCCCAAUUUUAUACCGCUUAUAGUUCCUGAAAUCUCGAUUUUGACUGAAAGUGGUCAUAGGGAAUACAGCUGGUUACUUUUAAAUAAAACAUAUGUACAUUUAACGGCAUCCCCAUU